AUGACGGCCUACCGACUCUACCUGAAGUCCUGCCCCGCCGUCAUGGCGGCUCUGCUGUGUGAGGAGCCCUUCGAGGAGGUACCAGAUGUGGCCGCUGUGAAAUCUAGCAUCAUGCAGGAGGUCCGCCAAGAAUGGCAGGUGGUCCUGGAGAUGGAAGCAAGCGACCAACUUGGUCCCUUGCUGAAGAAGCACUGCCCCCACACGGACUGGCAGUGUUACCGAGAGGCGAUGACGGCCGUGGAGGCAGCCCAGUACACUACCACGCCGUUCUGCCGCUCUGUCCUCAGAGCAUGGUUCCCGUCCUUCACACAAAGUGCUAAUGUCGAGGAGCAGUUCGGCUGUAUGCAAGAUGCCCUGAAACGGGGAACGAAAAGUCAGAAGGGAUCCAUGACUACGCUGAGUUCCCUGGCUGUGAAGGCACUGAAUCAGAAAGUUCUCCAAGAGGGGCAGGCAGAGCCCGUCACUUUGACAGCCAAAGACUGGGAAGGGCCGAUGACAAGAGGCUGCGAUGUGCCUGUGGACAAGAUCCUGUCGGAGUUUGUGAGCACCAGUGCACACAACCACAACCGCUCCACCCUCAACUACAUGAGAGGUUUCAUCAUGGCCAAACGGCAAGAGGUUGCCUUCGCUGACGCAGCAGACAACUUCUGGGUGGCGAGUGCGAUGCAGAGAAACACUCUGUUCUCGGUGGAUGGAAAGUUUUUCCUCUGUGUCGGAACGACUCCGGGCAUCGUCAAUGCUCUCCCGCUGCGAGAGCUCGAAAUGGUGUUUCGAGGCCCAAAGCCCGAAGAGGCUGUUGACGAGGAGCACGUGCCGUGCAAAGCUCCGGUCUGGGAGACGACUGAGAUCCUCCAAGCGGACCAGACGGUGAAGGCUUUGACCCUUCGCCGUAACACGCCCAUGGUCGAGGAACUGCUGCUGGACUUCUGCCAGGUACAAUGCUACGAUUGGACCUUGCACGUCUGCGAGCCCCGGAUUGCUGACAAGCUGGGCUCUGCAGUGCUCUUCCGGCGGUGCGAAGCCGCCAAGCCUCUCCUGGUUUGGUUGAUGUCUUCCCACGGCAUCGUCAAAGUGCUUUCUGAAGCCCUCAGCCGCAUUCUGUCAAGCUAUGGUGCUCGACUUCGCCAGAAUGCCAGCAAGAGUCAGAAGAUCCGCACACUCAUGAAGCUGCCCGUGGUCCAGGAGGGCUGCUCGUCUGAGAGUUUGGAUGCUCUCGACAAGCUCUUGACCGCCAUGGACGACAAGAGACGGAAGAAGACGAAGCAGACUGAAGAGGACGAGGAAGAGGACGAGCCCGAGGCCUGGGAGUUCAUGAACGAGCCAGACGAGGCAUGGACUGGGGCCAAGCAGCUUCUGGAGAUGCUGAACCAGGAGGACGACCCCUAA